CGGGCAUGGGGGACGGCGUGUGCUCGGGCUCCCGCAUUUGUGAGGGGGAUUUCGCCGUCCUGAAGCGGGAUGAUGUCUUCAAAGCGGUGCCUGUGCUGCGGCGGAGGCUCACUGGCGUAGCAAGAAGCGCCUGCACCCCAGCAGGAGUUACUGUAAUCAGUGGACACAGCCUGGGCUCUUCCUAUUGAGCAGACAAUUUUAUAGACCAAUGUGUAGAAGUCAGUCUUGGGUAAUGUGGCCAGACACCUGAUUCAAUAGCAUGGAGAUUUAAAGAAAAAUUAUUUUUGAGAAGCAGUGGUUCUAUCUGGAUAAUGCCAUUGGACAUAUUUAUGGAACUACAUUUGAAGUAACCAGUGGGGGAAACCUUCAGCCAAAGCAAGAGGUAGAAGAGACUACCACAGAAACAAAAGAAGCAGGUACAGAUAAUCGUAACAUAGUUGACGAUGGAAAGUCUCAGAAACUGACUCAUGAUGACAUAAAGGCUUUGAAGGACAAGGGUAUUAAAGGACAGGAAAUAGUUCAACAGUUAAUAGAGAACAGUACAACAUUCAGAGACAAAACAGAAUUUGCUCAAGAUAAGUACAUAAAGAAGAAGAAAAAGAAAUACGAGGCAGUUAUUACAAUUGUGAAACCAUCCACUCGCAUUCUUUCAACAAUGUAUUAUGCAAGGGAGCCUGGAAAAAUUAACCACUUGCGAUAUGACACCCUAGCUCAGAUGCUGACUUUAGGAAACGUCCGUGCUGGCAGCAAGAUGAUUGUCAUGGAAACAUGUGCAGGCCUUGUGUUGGGUGCGAUGAUGGAGCGAAUGGGAGGCUAUGGAUCCAUUAUUCAGAUGUAUCCAGGAGGGGGUCCUGUUAGAGCUGCUACCAGUUGUUUUGGAUUUCCGAAACCUUUUUUCGAUAAUCUUCAUGAAUUUCCUCUCAGCAAAGUGGAUAGUCUCCUCUCUGGGACAUUUUCUACAGAGACUCUGCCUUCAGAACCUGAAGAUAACGUGCUGGUAGAAGACGAAAUCAAUGGGUUGAUGGAGGAGAAGCAGACUUCCCUACAUGAAACAGAAGAGGAAUCGACUACUGAAGCAGCUAUGGAGAUCAACCAAACAGAAGAGCAAGAAACAAUGGACAUUAAUGCUGAUGAUGCAGAAUUUAAAGAGAUCAAAGAAAAAGAAAAUAAAGAAAAUGUUCGGGAAAAGCAAAGAAAACAAUGGGAAAGAAGGAAAAAGCUAAUAAAAACUGCUGCUUUGUUGAGAGAGAAGAAUGCUGAUGGCUUAAUUGUAGCCAGCAAGUUUCAUCCCACUCCUUUAUUACUUUCUUUAUUGGAAUUUGUUGCUCCUUCAAGGCCUUUUGUUGUCUACUGCCAGUAUAAAGAGCCAUUAUUAGAAUGUUACACAAAGCUGAGAGAAAGAGGCGGUGUUAUUAACCUAAAGCUGUCUGAAACGUGGCUACGAAACUAUCAGGUCUUACCAGAUCGAAGCCAUCCAAAACUGACUGUGAGCGGAGGAGGAGGGUACCUUCUGUCUGGUAUAACUGUUGUCCUGGAUAAGGGCAAAGCUGAUCCCAGUAGUUUAGAAGCACUGAAGAUGGAAGAGCCAUCGUCUAAAAGAUGCAAAGUUCAAGACCUUCAUUGUUAACAUUUGAAGAAUUGAUUUGGUUUUUAGAUCUCAGGAGUCUUACUGUUAGUAAAAUAACAAGUAAAUCUUCCACGCUCUUGACAGCACAGAAAUUGUACCUGUCAUACACCUGUCAGCAAAAAGCAGCAGCCAUGCGGUAGGGAGGACUGUCUCACUCUGUACCAGUUUCUAUGAUCAGAAUGAGAAUAUAAAUCCUUGGAAGCAAACAUCCCACUGAAAACACACUAGCUCUAAAAAGAAGAGAAGAUAAAGCAUCAGUGAAGGCAUUCUGUUUGUUUGUUGCCAAAAUUGGAUAUGAUGAAGUAAUCUUUUAAAAGGUUGAGUCUAAAUCAGGACAUCUAAGCUAGCUUCCCAUUUUCCCAGAACAGUAUCAGGGUAAAACGUUCUACAGAGUGAUCUGCUCCCUCUGGACCCAGAACCCGGCUGUGUUCGGUAACUGAAGGAAGUGGAAUGAACAGCAAAAAUAAUCCAUCUUUCUUUCCAAAGGAACAAUAAAGAGAGAAUACUAAUACUGGAACUUUGCAGCACGACCCCAUGUUUUCCUGAAAUGCAUACAGAAGAGAAAGUGCAUAUUCAUAAAUCAAAAUACCAAAUAUUUAGACAAUGUCUCUAUUAGUAUUGCCCAUCAUCUUCCUGAGAGUUGCUAUAUGUUUUUAUUUUAAGAUAUGACUAUUUUGAAAACCGCUCUGUGUAUAUAUAUUUAUUCUACUGUUUAUCUUUCAUGACAUAUUUUUUUUUUUUUAACUUUGCAUUUGCCAUUUUGAUUAAACUGCAGGAUGUUUUUCCUAAUGAGAUUUUAUUUUUCUUACUCUUUCCUCCUUCUGGAACUCAGAAGGUCUAGCAGAGGCUUUAGGAGGAGAGUAGCCUUACUGGCCGCACCCCAUUGAACCCACAGUGGGGAGCUUUAGGCCCACAGAGCAGCUCGUAGAGGCACCAGAACAUGCCUUCCAUUACUGAACUUACUCAUCAGGCAGAAUCUGGAGCUUUGGGAUCAGGUAGUCAAACUCACAAAGCUGUAACAUUCUGUACAUCGACAAGAAUAACAUUCUUUUAGGAAAGCAUUAGCUCAGAACAAAACAGGUUAUAUUUUGUGUAAAUAACCUUAGUGAACAGGUAUAAGAUUUCUUCGAGAUUUUGUCUACCUCUGUUUUGGUUUUUGUAAACUUACAUCAUUUUUUUUUUUUUCCCCUAUUUUUAUGGAAAGCUUUUCCUUUCUUAUAUGAAAAACCCACCAGUGCAGAGAUGGUAGGUUUCACCAUCUCCUCUCUAUUCCACCAGCCAUGUGGAUAUGAAAAAUUUGCUUUGGCCCUCUGGCCUUCUGUACCGUGUGUUUCAAAGCACUUGUAAGGAAUAUAAAUGUGGUUUUUAUGAAGGUUUUUUUUUAGAUUCUGGAUUUCUCAACUUCUGUCAGGAACUAGUGGGAAAAAGGUGGGGAGGGAAGAUCAGUUUUCCUUUACUAUAUGCACCUGCAGUAGACUGGGACUUGUAUUUGAUUAAAUGCUGAAAUGACCUAGCUUAAAGCAGUGGAUAGGAGCUUGGAAGGUAGGGAAAGGCAAGAAAAUUAUGAAAUGGUGUAAGACAGGAGAUUAGUUCCAAAAAAUUACCUUUUGUUUCAGUUUUCUUACCUGUAAAGCGGGCAUAGGUACUUCUCUGCCACUUCCACUGAGCUGGCAGGUAUACAGCUUUCAUAUUUUUAGUGCUACAGAGGUGUAAAACCAGUAAAGUUUAGGUUAAGCGACCAACGUUCAUAUGAAAUCAUACUUUUUAUCAUACAUAAUGUGCUAAAAAUAAUAAUUGAGGAAAAAAAUCUGGUUUAUUUGUAUAAUAAAAAGAUCAGUUUUGAGAAAUAAACGGUAGUGGAACUCCUGAAAAAUCACUUCAAAGCCAAACUGGCUUUGUUUCACUAGCAUUAACACUGAGACUGAAUCAUGUUCCCUGGUUUUUAAAUGCGCCAUAAUGCUUGCACCAAUGAAAGAUAG